AACCCAGACAACCCCAGUCCAGAACUACUCGUGUCUAUUUAGUAGGACGUCUGCGGAGAAUCCUCCUUUCCGCUGCCUGGGACUCACCAUGAAAGUCAGGAUCGCAGCCUUAAUUGCCGGGACCGUUGGGGCACUCGGGGUGCUCUGUUUUCUAACAGCUUUUGGGACUGAUUAUUGGCUGAUGGCCAGCGAAAACUGUGGGCGACCUACCCAUCCGAUAUCCGACAGCAGCAGUAGCAGCAGCGCCCGGGCGUCAUCUAAUGGCGAAGAGAUCCUGGUAAAGAAAACAACUUUAAAAGUCGUGCGUGACCUGACAGAAACCAAUUUUCACCAUGAGGGUUUCUUCUGGAGAUGCUGGUUCCAAAGAAAUGACUCCCAAGAUAGCAUAUGGAACUUCCUCUUUACAAAUCAAGCUUCCCAUAAGUUCUGCAUACAUGGAUACCUCUUCCCCUUGCCAGUUGCCAUUGGGCCAGUCCCCCAUCCUUCUUAUGAUGCCACCGCAGUGUUUCGUGGAUUCUGGACAGCAUUUAUUGUCCUGGCUAUCACCGUCAGCUUAGUUGGUGGAUUCUUCCUAGUCUGUGCCGUGCCCUUCGGAAGUGCUAAACUUUAUCGAUGGGGUGGUGUUUCCCUACUUACAGCUGGUAGUCUCUUCACCCUGGUGGUGAGCCUGUUUGUUGUGUGGAAGGAGGUGGCUGCUGAUCUGCAUAAAUACAUUCUUCUUGAACGUAGUGAAGAUUGCCAGGAGAUGUUGGUAUCAGUGCAGUAUGGAUGGUCCUUCAUGUUUGCCUCUUCUGGAAUUCCAUUGACUCUCCUUUCAGGGCUACUGUUUUACCUAAUUGGACGACACAUUCAAAGAAACAAAUGAGAGCCCAGAAGCUAGAUAAACUGUAUUAUUGUCAUCGCUAGUAUACAUUACUGAAAUUAUAGUCCUUUAUAUACUUUAUAUGUAUGAAAAGGCAGAAAGUUGUACAUACUGUUGUGACUAUAUGGUGAGUCUUCCCCUUUCUGUAAUGGAUUUGCUUUAAUGUUCAUAUGCCAGCAUGACACUGGAGGUAAAGCAGUACCUAAAGCAAUGAUAAGUUUACUCAGAAUAAAAUGAUAUGAACUGAAGUUGACUGUAUGCACCACAGCUGAGAUCCAUCCCAGCUAAGAAGCUACAAUUACAUUACAUAAACAUCUGAUUUUUUGAGAAGGGGUGUAAUUGUGUGUGUUUCAGUUUUCUUUUUUUACAGAUACACAAACAUGCAGCUCUUUAAUGGAAAUGCUUCUUCUGUUUUAAAAGCAUUCUAUUGUUUGCUGAAGAUUACAAGAACUAUAGAAGUAAACACAUGGAUAACUUGUAUUAUAAAAAUACGUUCUCUUCAAUAUUAAAUAUUUUAUAAUUUAAUGAUGUAAAGGAAAAAGAAUAAAACAUUGGACG